AAUACAACCUCCGAGCAUGGAUCAUGCGCUAGCGGGCCUCAACGGGGGAAGUGGCUCGUUUCAAGAGAUGCAGAGUACAACAAGCCAGAUGGAGAAUCACACGUGGGACCUGGUGUACUUGCCAAAUGGGAAGAAGGCAAUACAGUGCAAGUGGCUGGCAAAAAAUCAAGACGGAUGAGAAAGGAGAGCCAUCAGUUUACAAGAGCAGGCUGGUGGCAAAGGGGUUUCAGCAGAAAGAGAAGGAAGAUUACAAAGAAGUGUUUGCCCAACUGCUAAGUCUCCAACGCUACGUGUGCUGCUAGCGGUAGCUGCUGUGCGCAAAUGGAAGGUGAAGCAGAUGGACAUCGUAACCGCUUUUCUGUACGGCAUUGUGGAAGAGGAGGUGUACAUGGUUCAACCCCUGGCUAUGAGGAUGGAACCGGUCGUGUCUGCAAACUUAACAAGGCCAUCUAUGGCUUGAAGCAGGCCCCGAGAUGCUGGUACAACAGGCUGGCCAGUGCACUGGAAGGGAUUGGAUUCCGUGCGAGUGCAUGCGACGAGAGCCUAUUCCUGAUGGGAGAGGGGGAGUCACUUGUGCUUCUGCUGGUGUACGUGGAUGACAUCUGCUCUUCAGCAGCAGUGACAAGGAGAUCGAUGGGGUGCAGCGGAAGCUCACAGAGCAGUUCAAGUGCAAGUCACUUGGAGAGGCAAGGUACUACCUGGGAAUGCACAUUGAGCGGGAUACUGAACGUGGCUGGCUCAAACUGCAUCAGGGACAGUACAUCAACACCUUGGCUGAGAAGUACUCUUUGCAGGAAGAACGGGAAGUGGUCACACCUUUGCCUUCCGAGUUCAAACUCAUAAAGGCAGCUGAAGGAGAAGGAGUUGAGAGUGAAGACCAGAGGCAAUUCCAAUCCAUGGUCGGGAGCCUACUCUACGCUGCUGUGCAUACUCGGCCUGACAUCAGCUUUGCUGUGGGACAGCUGGCUCGAGUAGUGCAAAAUCCAACAGAAGAGCAGUGUGGUGCAGCGGAGAGAGUGGUGCGCUACCUCAAGUCAUACCCUACAGUGGGAGUACAGUAUUCAGCCUCUGCUCAACUCAGUCAAAAAGGAGUUGAAGUCCUCAAAGAGAAUGGGGAGCAGCUCGGAGAAGGAAAGGUGUUCCUUUCCUGUUUUGCUGAUGCCACGUGGGCUUCUGAGCAUGAGGAUUCAUCAUCAGUUGGUGGAUACAUCUGCAUGGUGGGAGGUGGGCCUGUAAGUUGGAGGUCCAAGAAGCAGUCUGAGACGGCACUAUCUUCAGUGGAAUCUGAGUACAUGGCGAUGUUUCAUGCGGCAAAAGAAAUCAUCUGGCUAAGGAGGCUCUUGAAGGAGAUCGGCCAUGAACAGACUUGUGCGACACCUCUGUUCAGUGAUAGCAAGGGAGCCAUUGCCAUGGCGCGCAAUGCAGUUCUUCAUGGGUUGAACAAGCACAUGAGGAUCAAGUGGCAUUGGCUACGGAAGGAGGUGAAGCUUGGGACACUGGAUCCGAUCUACGUGAAAACUCAGCAACAGCCAGCCGACUUCCUUACCAAGCGGCUAGCUGAAGAGCCACACUGGCGCUGUGCGAGGAAGGCGGGAAUGUCCUUGAACUAGAGACGGCGAAACAAGCCGACAGUCUGAGGGGGAGUGUGUUGGUGCAUAUUCAUUUGCACGUCAUCCUGUCGUCUGUUCGCAUCAUUUCGUUUGCAUGUGUUUUGUGUGCUACGUUGUUUGUAUGGUUUGUUGGGUUUGCAUGUCUUUGCAUGUUCAUCUUGUGCUUGUGCAGAUGUGCUUGGAUUGUGCAUGACAUCGAGCACAUUCCAACGAGCCAAGAAUUGUUGGAAUCGGAGCACAUAUGAAGAAGUUACGAAGAAAUGUUUGAUGGAUUUGUUACAACUCAUUGGAAGUCCUUGUCAGCUGCUACACCAAAGUUGGAGAGCCCUAUAACGAGGAGGGACCAGCAUGUGUGGGACUUUUGUCCCCACCUUGCAGCUGCAGCAUUUGGGGUUUGGAGGCCAACCUGGCACAGGGUGAAUUUUGUCUUGCCAGGCUGGCUGAACCUGAGGAUGGGGAGUCAAAACUUUGACUCUUGUCAUGUUCUUGACCAUGGGCCUCCAGGGUCCUUCCCUUUCAUCCUUCCCUUCCUACCCCACCUUCCAACUGUGCUUCAAUGCCUUUUCUAUCAUGCCUCUGAUCUUGUAAGCUUCAAUCAUAGUGACUCUGAGGACUGUCAACUUCUCCUAGGGCAGAUUACCCCCCAGUGCGCCAAACGCCAUAGCUCACUCGUUCAGCUACGGAAUCGAGUGAUUCAACUUUCAGUGGA